GUCGACCGUACCCGGAACUUUUUUAUUUGAAAUAUUUUCAAAAAAAUAUAUUUUCUCUUUCCAAAUUAUUCACAUUUUUCGAUAUUUUAAUCGUUUCUUCAUGGUUUUGCUGUUUGGAAAAAGACGUUCAUCACAGGCAACAUCGGCGACCAUGUCAAAAGCAACAACUCCAGGAGAUCAACCAAAGGUUUCGGAAAUGGACUUUUAUCAGCUGCUUGGAGUAGAGAAAAUGGCGUCCGAGGCAGAAAUCAAAUCAGCGUAUCGAAAAUUGGCUCUUAAAUACCAUCCAGAUCGUAAUCCAAAUGAUGCUCAUGCUCAGGAAGAGUUCAAGAAAGUUUCAAUCGCAUAUUCAGUUUUAUCUGAUCCAAAUAAGCGAAGACAGUACGAUGUUAGUGGUCCAUCAGAAAAUCAAUUGGACUUUGAAGGAUUUGAUGUCUCCGAAAUGGGAGGAGUUGGUCGUGUCUUUGGAGCACUCUUCAGCAAGCUUGGAGUACCUAUUCCCACACAAAUUGUCCCAAAAGUUCUUGCACAGGCACGUCACAUUUGUAUGGGACAAGAAUGUGAUGUUCAGGCACGACAACUCCCUCCCGGGGAGACUGUAACUUCUUCUGUGAGCAAGCAGCACGCCCACUUCUACGAAAUUAACAUACAGGAAGAACAUCGAAAGAAUGGAGUUGCUAUCAUUUGUAAAAGUUCAUCUAGUAAAUUCAAGUUAGUGUUAUUCGAUAAAGAAGGAGGUGUCCGAAUGAUCCAAGAAAGUGGGAAACGAGGAAAAGCCGGAACUCAAGCCGACAUGUUCUUUGUACCGUACAAUGUGGCCAAUAUUCAAGAAUUCAAUGCAAUGAAAUAUCAUUUGGAGGAUAAGGAAACUCCAUUGGCUUUUCAUUAUUUGGAUAGUUUUGAGAUGCAAACUGCGACACUUUUGGAGACACGGAAGCAUUAUAUUGCAGUUUAUGGUGAUAAUUGGAUAAGCGAUGUCAAAUAUUCAAUAACCUUCCUUCCUGUGGAACCUUCUGCUGUCGAGCAACUGAAUGAGAUUCAGGAUACGGAGAAAUCGAUUUCUAUUAUUAAAAAAGAAAUGCUGGAUUUCCAAAGAGAAUUCACAGAAGCUAAGAGAAAAUAUGAUGAAGCUGUGGCGAAGUUGAAGGUACAAGACGACACAAUUCUGAAAGCGCUGGCACAUCGUGAAGAGCUCUACAAUGAAGUUCUCCAGAAGUCUCAAGAACCGUAUAACAAGAAAGUUUCCCCAUCUAAAUCAUCGGGUGGUCUCCUUGGAUGGUUCAAAUGAUCCCUAUCAAGAUUUUUUUAAAACUAUUUCACAAGAAGAAUGGGUCUUUUAAAUUUUUUAAAUUUCACUUUCCAGAGUUAGUUUCGAUAUUUAUUGAUUGUUGAUAACAUUUAAUUUCUCCUCUAUUUUCUAAUGUCGAUCCAUCAGAUCUCUUUUUUUCUUUUUUAUGGUGUAAUUUAGCAAAACUUUAAGUGUUCUGUACUCAAUUUCUAGAUAAAUUACUAGUUUUGCUCUUGAUUGAAAAAUAUAAAUAAAAUAUUUAUGGCUAG